AUGGCAGGACGAAGAGGUGUGAUCAUGAGCGACAUGGUAGAGAGAAGUUUGGAAGAACCUGUGGUACCAGCCAUGAAUGAGUCCUCCCAGAAAAGGGAAGACUUGGUAGAAAUCUUAAGUGAAGAUAAAGUGAAGUUUGAUGACACAGGACUCUCCAUAAUUCUUCAGAAUGGCCUGGAGACCCUUCGCAUGGAAAAUGCUCUGACAGAUGUCAUUUUGUGCGUGGACAUCCAGGAAUUUUCCUGCCACCGCGUGGUGCUAGCUGCAGCCAGCAACUAUUUCAGGGCCAUGUUCUGCAAUGACUUAAAGGAAAAGUAUGAGAAGAGGAUCAUAAUUAAAGGGGUUGAUGCUGAGACCAUGCACACACUCUUGGACUACACAUAUACCAGCAAGGCACUGAUCACCAAGCAUAAUGUUCAGCGGGUUCUGGAAGCUGCCAACCUAUUUCAGUUCCUGAGGAUGGUAGAUGCUUGUGCAAGUUUCCUCACUGAUGCCUUGAAUCCAGAAAACUGUGUAGGAAUACUGAGGCUGGCAGACACACACUCCUUGGAAAGAUUAAAAAAGCAAGUUCAAAAUUACAUCAUUAAAAACUUUGUGCAAAUUAUGAACUCUGAGGAGUUUCUUGAACUUCCUGUAGACACCCUAUAUUAUAUCUUGAAGAGUGAUGACCUUUAUGUCACUGAAGAGGCUCAAGUAUUUGAGACUGUAAUGAGCUGGGUCCGGCACAAACAGUCUGAACGACUCUGCUUGCUUCCUUGUGUGCUUGAGAAUGUGCGCUUACCACUUCUGGACCCAUGGUACUUUGUGGAGAUGGUUGAAGCAGAUCCUCUCAUCAGAAAGUGUCAUGAGGUCUUCCCACUACUUCAGGAAGCCAGGAUGUAUCACCUUUCUGGUAAUGAGAUUAUUUCAGAGCGCACAAAGCCCAGAAUGCAUGAGUUCCAGUCUGAAGUGUUCAUGAUCAUUGGUGGAUGUACGAAGGAUGAACGAUUUGUGUCAGAGGUAACCUGCCUGGACCCCCUGAGACGCAGCCGGCUGGAGGUAGCCAAGCUCCCACUGACAGAGCAUGAACUAGAGAGUGAGAAUAAAAAGUGGGUGGAGUUUGCAUGUGUAACAUUGAAAAAUGAAGUCUACAUCUCAGGUGGCAAAGAAACUCGGCAUGAUGUUUGGAAAUAUAAUUCUUCAAUCAACAAGUGGAUUCAGAUUGAGUAUUUAGACAUAGGCCGCUGGAGACACAAGAUGGUGGUGUUGGGUGGCAAGGUCUAUGUAAUUGGAGGUUUUGAUGGCUUACAGAGAAUCAAUAAUGUAGAGACCUAUGAUCCCUUCCACAACUGCUGGUCUGAGGCUGCACCCCUCCUUGUCCAUGUCAGUUCUUUUGCAGCUGCUAGCCACAAGAAGAAGCUCUAUGUAAUUGGGGGAGGUCCUAAUGGAAAACUGGCUACAGAUAAGACUCAGUGUUAUGACCCUUCAAUCAAUAAAUGGACUUUAAAGUCAGCCAUGCCAGUAGAGGCGAAAUGUAUCAAUGCAGUGAGUUUCCGGGACUGCAUCUAUGUUGUUGGUGGCGCUAUGAGGGCACUCUAUGCUUACAGCCCCCUGGAAGACAGCUGGUGUUUGGUGACACAACUGAGCCAAGAGCGAGCCAGCUGUGGCAUCGCACCCUGCAACAACAAGCUCUAUAUCACUGGUGGACGGGAUGAGAAAAAUGAAGUCAUCGCCACUGUGUUGUGUUGGGACCCUGAGGCCCAGAAGCUGACAGAGGAGUGUGUCCUGCCCCGGGGAGUAUCGCACCAUGGUAGUGUCACUAUCAGGAAGUCAUACACUCAUAUCCGGAGGAUCGUGCCUGGAGCAGUGUCUAUGUGACUAUAGGGGGACCCUGUAAGAUACUCUUGGAGUUCCUGAGCCUCCCCAGGUUCAACCUGGGUCCAAGGCCUAUGACUCACUCUAGGUUCCCUAGAAAGUUACAGGUUUGUGAUAUAUGAAACCAAUCAGGAAUAUUUGUGUGUCCCACAAAGCAGGGAAGGCAGAAAGAAGGGUAAUGUUUAACAUUUAUGAUACACCUAUCUCUCCUGUCUUAUGCCAGGUGCUUUGCCAUGUUAGUUAAUUUAACCAUGGUAAUGAACUGACGUCAGCUAUUACUAUUCCAGUCUCAUAAGUGAGGAAAUGAAAUUUUACACAGGCUCACACACUUGUCCCAGAUCAUUCAGAAAGCCUCUACCUAAGUCAGGAGUCUAAAUCAAGGUCUUUCCAUUUCAAAGUCAGAGUCUUCCCCAUCAUGCUGCCUUGCUCCAAUGAAGGAAAAACAAAAACAAACCCCAAGCCUGGAAGGUUUCAUUAUCCACUGAACCUGCUAAAAGAUCCUCUCAGUA